ACACUGAUUAAUCCAACCGGCACGACAGGCUUUCAACGUUUCAAGGGAAAACAUUGAUCUAACCUCAAAUAUUGUAUGUAUUCAAACAAACUAUUCCGCAAUUAUUUACAAUAAUUUCAAGAUGCCGACAUGGAAUCAAAUACAAUCUCAACUGAGAAACCCGAAUAAUCCAGUUGUAUUUUUUGACAUCAGUGUUGGUGCUACGGAAAUAGGUCGAAUGGUAAUGGAGCUGUUUGCCGAUGUUGUUCCCAAAACUAGCGAAAAUUUCCGACAAUUCUGUACUGGAGAGUUUCGAAAAGAUGCUGUACCUCUUGGAUUCAAAGGGGCCACAUUCCAUCGUGUUAUCAAAGAUUUCAUGAUUCAGGGUGGCGAUUUUGUAAAUGGUGACGGCACAGGUGUGAUGAGCAUAUAUGGAGGUGGAACAUUUGCUGAUGAGAAUUUCAAUUUAAAACACGAUUCCCCGGGACUUUUGUCAAUGGCGAACAGUGGCAAGGACACCAACGGAUGCCAAUUCUUCAUAACAUGUGCCAAAUGUAACUUCCUUGAUGGCAAGCAUGUUGUAUUUGGAAAAGUUAUUGAUGGACUCCUAGUCAUGCGCAAGAUAGAAAACGUUCCAACCGGACCAAAUAAUAAACCAAAAAUUCCUGUGGUGAUUUCACAGUGCGGACAAAUGUGAAAUAGUGAGAAUAUCAUACUUUCCCGAGUCCAAUCAUCGUUUGUUAUCAAUGAAGACAUUCCAUAGAGAGAAUCUUCGCUUGCCUAAGGUUGGAGAUGAUAUGUGGACAUUGAUUAGGGUUUUAUUUCGAGUGGCGUGAUAAAAUACACACCUUGUGAUGAAAUUCAAAAAUGAUAUUCAUUUCAUAAGGACUGAAGGAUGUGAUUAUAUAUUAUGAUAGUGACUUAUGACAGGUUCUUUGUUUAGUACAAGUAAUAUAAGAACCACGGUGUGUUUUAAAAUACUCUUGUCAAAUAAAACAACAUUUUUAUAAA